AAGGCAGGGGACUGGCAAAUGGGAGAAAGCUAAAGCAAAAUGUCACAGGGGUGGGGGUGGUUAAAAACCUCACUCUGGGCUGUGUCGCCAGCAGUUCUGUGGAUUGACAGCUGAGGACACAAGGACUGAUAAAACCAGGCAUCUGACUAGCGGGAGUGAUGCCUAUUCUUGCUCAUGACUUUCUCAUUUUUCCAUCUCUGGGACACUGGCAGAGGUUUGGGUUCAAAUGUUAUAGGGUGGGGGGAAGAACGAAUAUCAAGUAUGUACUUCAUGACAGGUGUGACUAGAUUCUUUCCUGAGGACCAUUAUUCCUCAUUUUACAGAUGAAGAAACUGACACAGAGAGGUUAAAUAACUUGUUCAAGGCUGUGCAGUAGCAAAUAAUCUUGCUAAGGUUUGAAACCUGGUCUUACGCCAAAGAUGCUUCUAAUGAAGUAUUUUGAAGAGCCAAGCUUUCUUUGGUGACCUUUUCCAAAUACCAGGCUGACCAAAAGUCUUAUAUUCCUGAUCUGUCCUUCUAGAUGGCUAUGUUAAGAGGUUGAAGGGCAUGGUGCUUUAUAGGAUAUAGGAGAAGGGAUGUCCACAAAACUUGGCUGGGGGUGACCUAGGAAUGGAGGUUUGGGGGUGCACAGAGAAGUCCCAGCCUGACUUCUGUUUUUUGGGUCCUUGGGUGUCAGUUUAAGUGCUGCUCAUCUGGCUUGAGCAUCUGGUUCUUUGGCUAUCUGUGGCAAGUGCUGGCUGGGUAUUGUCCCAUCUUGCCCCUACUGAGUACAAAUGUCAGUGCUGCUAGCUUGGCAGGUUAAGUACAAGGAGCCCCUCAGGGUGCCCGGUGGGCAUGGAGGAGUGUGGCCUUGGUGGGGGCCCAGGUAUCCAUGGAUGACAGUGCUUUCAUCCUCAUCUACUCUUGGCCUGGGCUCAGCCAGGAGACACAAUAAAAGUCUUGUCAUGGAGUCCUUCCACCCCAGUUCAAGAUACUUUUUCCAGGAAACCUGGGAUCCUGGACUGAUUUAGUUACCCAUGAUCUCUGUAACUUGGGCCAGCCAUAUAAAACUGCCUUGGACCUCAGUUUUUAUUUUUCUUUUUGUUUUUUUCCCAGGAGGCCACAGGACCAGCCUUACAGGGUUUUGGUGAAGAUCAGAUGGAAUUAGUAUGUCGUGGUUUAGUGGCCUCCUGGUCCCGAAAGUGGAUGAACGGAAAACGGCCUGGGGUGAACGCAAUGGGCAGAAGCGUCCGCGACGUCACAGGACUCGGGCCAGUGGCUUCUGCACACCCCGCUACAUGAGCUGCCUCCGAGAUGCAGAGCCACCCAGCCCCACCCCCGCGGUGCCCCCUCGGUGUCCCUGGCAGGAUGAGGCCUUCAUCCGGAGGGGCGGCCCAGGCAAGGGCAUGGAUCUGGGGCUGCGGGCGGUGGCCCUGGGCUUUGAGGACGCUGAGGUGACGGCGGCUGUCGGCACGGCUGAGGUGGCGCCCGACGCGGCGCCCAGACGCAGCCGAUCCUGCUGGCGCCGUCUGGUGCAGGUGUUCCGGUCGAAGCAGUUCCGCUCGGCCAAGCUGGAGCGCCUGUACCAGCGGUACUUCUUCCAGAUGAACCAGAGCAGCCUAACGCUGCUGAUGGCGGUGCUCGUGCUGCUCACGGCCGUGCUGCUGGCCUUCCACGCCGCGCCCGCCCGCCCACAGCCUGCCUACGUGGCCCUGCUGGCCUGCGCCGCCACCCUCUUCGUGGCGCUCAUGGUGGUGUGUAACCGGCAUAGCUUCCGCCAGGACUCCAUGUGGGUGGUGAGCUACGUGGUGCUGGGCAUCCUGGCGGCUGUGCAGGUUGGGGGCGCCCUGGCAGCCAAUCCGCACAGCCCCUCUGCAGGCCUCUGGUGCCCUGUGUUCUUCGUCUACAUCAUCUACACACUCCUCCCCAUCCGCAUGCGGGCCGCCGUCCUCAGUGGCCUGGGCCUCUCCACCCUGCAUUUGAUCUUGGCCUGGCAACUCAAUCGUGGGGAUGCCUUCCUCUGGAAGCAGCUUGGUGCGAAUGUGCUGCUCUUCCUCUGCACCAACGUCAUUGGCAUCUGCACACAUUACCCGGCUGAGGUGUCUCAGCGCCAGGCCUUUCAGGAGACCCGCGGUUACAUCCAGGCCCGGCUGCACCUGCAGCAUGAGAAUCGGCAGCAGGAGCGGCUGCUGUUGUCGGUGUUGCCCCAGCACGUUGCCAUGGAGAUGAAAGAAGACAUCAACACAAAAAAAGAAGACAUGAUGUUCCACAAGAUCUACAUCCAGAAGCAUGACAACGUCAGCAUCCUGUUUGCAGACAUUGAAGGCUUCACCAGCCUGGCAUCCCAGUGCACUGCGCAGGAGCUGGUCAUGACCCUGAAUGAGCUCUUUGCCCGGUUUGACAAGCUGGCUGCGGAAAAUCACUGCCUAAGGAUCAAGAUCUUAGGGGACUGUUACUACUGUGUGUCGGGGCUGCCAGAGGCGCGGGCAGACCAUGCCCACUGCUGUGUGGAGAUGGGGGUGGACAUGAUCGAGGCCAUCUCGCUGGUUCGUGAGGUGACAGGUGUGAAUGUGAACAUGCGCGUGGGCAUCCACAGCGGGCGCGUGCACUGUGGUGUCCUUGGCCUGCGGAAAUGGCAGUUUGAUGUGUGGUCCAACGACGUGACCCUGGCCAACCACAUGGAGGCAGGGGGCCGGGCCGGCCGCAUCCACAUCACUCGGGCCACGCUGCAGUACCUGAAUGGGGACUACGAGGUGGAGCCAGGCCGUGGCGGUGAGCGCAAUGCAUACCUCAAGGAGCAGCACAUUGAGACCUUCCUUAUCCUGGGUGCCAGCCAGAAACGGAAAGAGGAGAAGGCCAUGCUGGCCAAGCUGCAACGGACACGGGCCAACUCUAUGGAAGGGCUGAUGCCACGCUGGGUGCCUGACCGCGCCUUCUCCCGGACCAAGGACUCCAAGGCUUUCCGCCAGAUGGGCAUCGAUGACUCCAGCAAAGACAACCGGGGCGCCCAGGAUGCCCUGAACCCUGAGGACGAGGUGGAUGAGUUCCUGGGCCGUGCCAUUGAUGCCCGCAGCAUCGAUCAGCUGCGCAAGGACCACGUGCGCCGGUUCCUGCUCACCUUCCAGAGAGAGGAUCUGGAGAAGAAGUACUCUCGGAAGGUGGAUCCCCGCUUCGGAGCCUAUGUCGCCUGUGCCCUGUUGGUCUUCUGCUUCAUCUGCUUCAUCCAGCUCCUCGUCUUCCCACACUCCACCCUGAUGCUUGGGAUCUACGCCAGCAUCUUCCUGCUGCUGCUCAUCACCGUGCUGACCUGCGCCGUGUACUCCUGUGGUUCUCUGUUUCCUAAGGCCCUGCAACGUCUGUCCCGCAGCAUCGUCCGCUCGCGGGCACACAGCACUGCAGUUGGCAUCUUCUCAGUCCUGCUUGUGUUCACCUCUGCCAUCGCCAACAUGUACACCUGUAACCACACCCCCAUACGGACCUGUGCAGCGCGGAUGCUGAAUUUAACACCUGCCGACGUCACUGCCUGCCACCUGCAGCAGCUCAAUUACUCUCUGGGCCUGGAUGCUCCCCUGUGUGAGGGCACCGCACCCACCUGCAGCUUCCCUGAGUACUUCGUCGGGAACAUGCUGCUGAGUCUCUUGGCCAGCUCUGUCUUCCUGCACAUCAGCAGCAUCGGGAAGUUGGCCAUGAUCUUUGUCUUGGGGCUCAUCUAUUUGGUGCUGCUUUUGCUGGGUCCCCCAGCUACCAUCUUUGACAACUAUGACCUACUGCUUGGCGUCCAUGGCUUGGCUUCUUCCAAUGAGACCUUCAAUGGGCUGGACUGCCCAGCUGCAGGGAGGGUGGCACUCAAGUAUAUGACCCCUGUGAUUCUGCUGGUGUUUGCACUGGCGCUGUACCUGCAUGCUCAGCAGGUGGAGUCAACUGCCCGCCUGGACUUUCUCUGGAAACUGCAGGCAACAGGGGAGAAGGAGGAGAUGGAGGAGCUCCAGGCAUAUAACCGGCGCCUGCUGCAUAAUAUCCUGCCCAAGGACGUGGCUGCCCACUUCCUGGCCCGGGAGCGCCGCAAUGAUGAGCUCUACUAUCAGUCGUGUGAGUGUGUGGCUGUUAUGUUUGCGUCCAUUGCCAACUUCUCGGAGUUCUAUGUGGAGCUGGAGGCAAACAACGAGGGCGUCGAGUGCCUGCGGCUACUCAAUGAGAUCAUCGCUGACUUCGAUGAGAUCAUCAGCGAGGAGCGGUUCCGGCAGCUGGAGAAGAUCAAGACGAUUGGUAGCACCUACAUGGCUGCCUCGGGGCUGAACGCCAGCACCUAUGAUCAGGUGGGCCGCUCCCACAUCACUGCCCUCGCCGACUACGCCAUGCGGCUCAUGGAGCAGAUGAAGCACAUCAAUGAGCACUCCUUCAACAACUUCCAGAUGAAGAUUGGGUUGAACAUGGGCCCAGUUGUGGCAGGCGUCAUCGGGGCUCGGAAGCCACAGUAUGACAUCUGGGGGAACACAGUGAAUGUCUCUAGCCGCAUGGACAGUACGGGGGUCCCUGACCGAAUCCAGGUGACCACGGACCUGUACCAGGUUCUAGCUGCCAAGGGCUACCAGCUGGAGUGUCGAGGGGUGGUCAAGGUGAAGGGCAAGGGGGAGAUGACCACCUACUUCCUCAAUGGGGGUCCUAGCAGUUAGCAGGGCCCAGCCACAAAUUCAGCUGAAGGGACCAAGGCGGGCAUUGAGUGGACUCUGUGCUCACUGGGUGGAGCUGUGGCAGGGGGCACCGAGCCUCUAGACCCUGCUGACUGCAAAAGGGAACACCGCAGCAGGCUGUGCUUGGACCAUGCUCGUCUGCUCUCAGGCUGGUGAACAAGGGGACACCCAGAGGAUUAUGCAAGUGACUUUUUUAAUUGGGGUAGGGCUGUUUCCUCUCCUUUCUUCCAGCUUUUGGGAACGGGAAGGGGCAGCAGCAGUGGCAGGGAAGCCCUCCUGCCUAAGAGAUUAAAAUGGCAGCUUGCCAUGCCUGCCCUUUCCUUGUCUGGGCAACAGGUUCGGGGCUGGGCCCUUCCUUUCCCUCUUUUUCCUGGGAAUAUUUUUUACAAAGUCUGGGGGCAGGCAUGAGGAGUGCCUAUUCCGUGCUUGCCUUUGCUAUGCCUGCAUCCUCAGCACUGGUCCUGGGCACCUCCCCAUCCCAGCCAGGUCCCCCUCCUAGGCACAGGGCAGAGGAGGGAGAUGCUCUGGGGACCCAGCUGUGUCCAUAUUUCAGGGGAAUGUUUCCAUUUGCCAAAUCCUAGUCCCAUGAUCUGUCCCCAAAGGGGAACAAAGGGACUUGUGACAGCUCAGAUUUAGCCUCAGUUCCUGCACACUCCAGGGAACAGGGUGUCUGGCCUCACUGGUACUGUGAAAAUGCCCAGCUGAAAGCAAGCAUGUGUGCAGGGAUGGCAGGAGUUAGAAGUUCACCCGCAGGUGCCAAGGAACAGGCCGGCCAGGGCAUGGGCGGUGCCAGAUUAUGAUCUGAGGACCCUGACAGGGGUCAAGAUCAGGUCACUCUGCCUCAGCACUCUCUUGCUGUCUGCUGGCAAGGGGGCAUGGAGCAUCUCUACCCCUUCUGUUGCCAAAUGAAAAGGGUCAGGGCAUGGAGGAAGAUGACCCUGAGCCCAAACCUGUCCUCCCAAGUCUCAGCACUGGGGAGGGCCUGUGUGUUUAUGUAACUGUGUGUGCAUGUUGGUCUUUGUGUGCAUAUCUGUUUUCCAGGUCUUUGUGUGUCCUUGUGCUCCUGCUCCUCAGCUCUCCACCCCAGGUUGCCUUUCUCCUGUGGGCCUCUGUCUUCUGGGAAUAAGGCAGGCUUUCCUAUUUCAAGGGACGUAGAGAUGCCCAGGUUGCACAGGAGCAGGAUGGGGUGUGGUAGCAAAAAGAGGGUGGCUGGGGAAAGGAGUCCUCUUUGUGCCAAAUCCCUAAGUGCCGUUUUGGGGCCACAUGUGCAGCAUGACUGUCUUCCUGCCUAUGGCAGGGACCCAAGCGCCUGCUUGAGCCCCAGUGCUCCAUGCACUUGAACUGUAUGUAUGGGGUUGGUGGGCAGAGGCUCAGGAAUUUCCUGGGUUCCCCACAUCCUGGGAUGUGGUAUGCUUUGGGACUGGGCUAGCAUGGGAUCCCUCUGAGGACCCAGAUAUUGGUACUAGGGGACAGGGCUGGGGAACCUUAAACUUGGCUUUCCCCAGCCUUCAGCCUGAGUCUAGCAUGUUCCUGCCUCCCCAACCCCUGUGGGGAAGGGUUACAUGGGCUGGGAGAAGGGUUAGGAGGUUGAACUCUAGAUUCCCUUUCUAUCCUUGCCAUUUUUUUACCCCUUACCCUGCAACCUCGACUCUGGCUUGAAUUAGUUGGUGCCUUGGUUUCUCUAUCUGUACCUAUUUAAGCCAAAGGCACUAGCCUCAAUUUUGCUUGAAGAUCACUAUGUCUUGGAAGUGACAGAGAGGCAGAGGAGAGAGAGUCCACAGAGUCCCUAGGUUUGGGAAAUGGAAGGGACAGGCAGCGGGUUUGCCUUUCCACAUCCCCUUCUGAUGCCAGCUCCCUGUAGAGGCCCUGUUUUGGGCUCAGUACUUCCUGUCUUGGGGGAUCUUCAUGCAUCAGCCAAAAGGGCAAUCAGGCACUUCAUUAGCCAAGGCAGAAAGAGGGGAAAAAAUUAGUUGGUCCAGACAGAAAGUCCACUUCCCUGCCCCUGGCCAUAUCCCUGGAGAGGAAGGGACUGCUUGGUGCCAUGGGGUAAGGGUGAGGAUGUAAGUAGACCAGAGUGGGAAGACCUCAACCUUGAGUGACUCGUCUCUUCUUCUUGCGAGCUGGGAGGGGCCUGUCCACACCCUGGCUCCCCAUACCACAGUGCCAGCCAUGGCCUUCUCUUGGCUACCAUUGCCCCUUUCCUCCCCAGUUGGUGGAGGAGUCAGGAUGGGAGGCCAUGGGCUUUGGUUUUAUAAUGUAACCACUGUGGGGGUGGAGGGAGGGAUGUUGUACCAUGUAUUUCAGUGAAAUAUUUAAUAUAUUUAAAUACCAAUAAAAUCAAACUCUUUGUAAAA